UCGUUCUCUGCUCCACAUUAUAUACACGAAGUGAAACUACUUCAAUACCCUUUGGAUUUGGACUUUGAAAAGGCAAUUAUAAAAAUAUAUUUGAUUUGUCACCCUAUGUGAAUGUCACCCCAUUACACCCACUCCAUCUAUAAAUCCUAAUUCAUUCUUUCCAGAAAGGAGAACCAGAGAGAGAGAGAGAGAGAUGGAAGCCAAAGAAGCAAAAGAAACAGAGGCAGAGCUUAGAGGGCAAGCAGACAUAUGGAGAUAUAUGCUCUGUUUUGCAGAUUCAAUGGCCUUGAAAUCUGCCGUUCAACUUCAAUUAGCUGACAUUAUUAACUCUCAUGGCUCUCCCAUCACUCUCUCUCAGAUUGCUUCCUCCAUUGCUUCUUCCUCUGCCUCUCCAAACAUUUCCUACCUCGCUCGCAUCAUGAGACUCCUCGUCCGCCGCAACAUCUUCGCCGCACACCACCCAUCCGACGGCGGCGACACCCUCUACGGCCUCACCCACUCCUCCCGGUGGCUCCUCCGCGACUCCGACCUCACCCUCGCCCCCAUGAUACUCGCCGAGCUUCACCACUGGCUCGUCGACCCAUGGCACUGUUUCGCUGAAGGCGUCAAAGAAGGCGGCGACAUCUUCCAGAAGGCCAACGGCCACGAUAUUUGGGGCUUCGCUUCCAAAAACCCCCAAUUCAACCAAUUGUUCAACGACGCCAUGGCCUCCACUUCCAAGGUCGUCAUUAACGCAAUCCUCUCUGUUUACAAAGACGGGUUCAACUCGGUGGGGUCGCUGGCGGACGUCGGCGGCGGAAUCGGGGGCGCCGUGUCGGAGAUCGUGAAAGCGUACCCCCACAUGAAGGGCAUCAACUACGACUUGCCGCACGUGGUGAGCACGGCGACGGCGUACCCAGGGGUGACCCACGUGGGAGGCGACAUGUUUGAGAGCGUUCCCAAGGCCGACGCCAUUUUUAUGAAGUGGAUACUGCACGACUGGGACGACAAGGAGUGCGUGAGAAUUCUGGAGAAUUGCAGGAAGGCGAUACCGGAGAAAACAGGGAAAGUGAUCAUAGUGGAAGUGGUGCUGAAUCCGGAGGGAGAAGGCGCAUUUGACGACACUCGUUUAUACUUUGAUCUGCUGAUGUUGGCGCAUACCAAUGGAAAAGAGAGGACAGAGAAGGAGUGGAAGAAAAUAUUGGAGGAAGCAGGAUUCCGUCGCUACAAACUCGUUACUCUUCCUGCUCUGACUUCCAUUAUUGAAGCAUAUCCAUUGUGAUUCUGAACCCUAUUCAUAUUCAUGUCUAAUAAAUCUCUCAUCAAAUUUCCCAUGCCCCAAUUCAACCAAUAACUUUGUGAUUCAUCCUUCGUUUGGUUUUUCAAAUUUGGACAUGUAUUUGGUCAUAAUUGUAGUUGUUAAAUGGAAGUUCAUCAAU